AUGGGGCAAAGCGUGCUCCGGGCGGUCUUCUUUUUAGUCCUGGGGCUUUUGGGUCAUUCUCACGGAGGAUUCCCCAACACCAUCAGCAUAGGUGGACUUUUCAUGAGAAACACGGUGCAGGAGCAUAGUGCUUUCCGUUUUGCCGUGCAGUUAUACAACACCAACCAGAACACCACUGAGAAGCCCUUCCAUUUGAAUUACCACGUAGACCACUUGGAUUCCUCCAACAGUUUUUCUGUGACUAAUGCUUUCUGCUCCCAGUUCUCCAGAGGGGUGUAUGCUAUCUUUGGAUUCUAUGACCAGAUGUCAAUGAACACCCUGACCUCCUUCUGUGGGGCCCUGCACACAUCCUUUGUCACACCUAGCUUUCCCACUGAUGCAGAUGUGCAGUUUGUCAUCCAGAUGCGCCCAGCCUUGAAAGGGGCCAUUCUGAGUCUUCUGGGCUACUACAAGUGGGAGAAGUUUGUAUACCUCUAUGACACAGAACGAGGCUUCGCUGUGAUUAGAUCCUGUUUACUAUCACAAAUUGAACAGAUAUCAUACGUAAAAAAUAUCACCCAGGAAGCAGAACCGGUUGUGAUCCUGGGGAAACAUUCAAGAGGUUAUCACUACAUGCUUGCUAACCUGGGUUUUACUGACAUUUCACUGGAAAGAGUCAUGCACGGGGGAGCUAAUAUUACAGGUUUCCAGAUUGUCAACAAUGAAAACCCAAUGGUUCAGCAGUUCAUACAGCGCUGGGUGAGACUGGAUGAAAGGGAAUUUCCUGAAGCCAAGAAUGCACCCCUAAAGUACACAUCUGCAUUGACACACGAUGCAAUAUUGGUCAUAGCAGAAGCCUUCCGAUACCUGAGGAGGCAGCGAGUGGAUGUAUCCCGCAGAGGCAGUGCUGGAGACUGCUUAGCGAAUCCUGCUGUGCCCUGGAGUCAAGGAAUUGAUAUUGAGAGAGCUCUGAAAAUGGUGCAAGUACAAGGAAUGACUGGAAACAUCCAAUUCGAUACUUAUGGACGUAGGACAAAUUAUACCAUUGAUGUGUAUGAAAUGAAAGUCUCGGGCUCUCGAAAAGCUGGUUACUGGAAUGAGUAUGAAAGGUUUGUGCCCUUCUCAGAUCAGCAAAUCAGCAAUGACAGUGCAUCCUCAGAGAACCGGACCAUCGUAGUGACUACCAUUCUGGAAUCACCGUAUGUAAUGUAUAAAAAGAACCAUGAGCAAUUGGAAGGGAAUGAGCGCUAUGAAGGCUAUUGUGUUGAUUUAGCCUAUGAAAUAGCUAAACAUGUAAGGAUCAAAUACAAAUUAUCCAUUGUCGGUGAUGGGAAAUACGGAGCACGGGAUCCAGAGACUAAAAUAUGGAAUGGCAUGGUUGGGGAACUUGUCUACGGAAGAGCUGAUAUAGCUGUUGCCCCACUCACUAUAACAUUGGUCCGUGAAGAAGUCAUAGAUUUUUCAAAGCCAUUUAUGAGCCUGGGAAUCUCCAUCAUGAUAAAGAAGCCUCAGAAAUCAAAACCAGGCGUAUUUUCAUUCCUGGAUCCUUUAGCUUAUGAAAUCUGGAUGUGCAUUGUCUUCGCCUACAUUGGAGUCAGUGUGGUUCUCUUCCUAGUCAGCAGAUUUAGCCCUUAUGAAUGGCACUUGGAAGACAACAAUGAAGAACCUCGUGACCCACAAAGCCCUCCUGAUCCUCCAAAUGAAUUUGGAAUAUUUAACAGUCUUUGGUUUUCCUUGGGUGCUUUUAUGCAACAAGGAUGUGAUAUUUCUCCAAGGUCACUUUCUGGGCGGAUUGUUGGAGGGGUUUGGUGGUUCUUCACCCUGAUAAUAAUUUCUUCCUACACUGCAAACCUUGCUGCUUUCCUGACUGUGGAGAGGAUGGUGUCCCCCAUUGAGAGUGCUGAAGACUUAGCCAAGCAGACUGAAAUUGCAUAUGGGACCCUGGACUCUGGUUCAACAAAAGAAUUUUUCAGAAGAUCCAAAAUUGCUGUGUAUGAGAAAAUGUGGUCUUACAUGAAAUCAGCAGAGCCAUCUGUGUUUACCAAAACAACAGCUGAUGGGGUAGCCCGAGUUCGGAAGUCCAAGGGAAAGUUCGCCUUCCUGCUGGAGUCAACCAUGAAUGAGUACAUUGAGCAGAGAAAGCCAUGUGAUACGAUGAAAGUUGGUGGAAAUCUGGAUUCCAAAGGCUAUGGUGUGGCAACCCCUAAAGGCUCAGCAUUAAGAAAUGCUGUUAACCUGGCAGUAUUAAAACUGAAUGAGCAAGGCCUCUUGGACAAAUUGAAAAACAAAUGGUGGUACGACAAAGGAGAGUGCGGCAGCGGGGGCGGUGACUCCAAGGACAAGACCAGUGCUCUAAGCCUGAGCAAUGUGGCAGGCGUGUUCUAUAUUCUUGUCGGAGGUCUGGGUCUGGCCAUGAUGGUGGCUUUGAUAGAAUUCUGUUACAAAUCACGGGCAGAGUCCAAACGCAUGAAACUCACAAAGAACACCCAAAACUUUAAGCCUGCUCCUGCCACCAACACUCAGAAUUAUGCUACAUACAGAGAAGGCUACAACGUGUAUGGAACAGAAAGUGUUAAGAUCUAG